AUGAAAAUAGCGAUGCUAAAAUGCAUAAUGAAACCAAAAUGUGGCGAUAUCGAUGAAUACUUGCAGUGGCUAAAUGAUCACCAUUUAGCCACAGAAUCGGAUGCUGCAACCCAGCAAAGAAUGAUAGUUGAUGAGGCGCAAAACUCGAUUAAGUCAAAAGCAUUUCGACAAGAACGAAAUGAAUCAAAAGCUGAUCUAAAAAACGAAUAUAUAGGAUUGAAAGAAGCCAGUAAUCAAAGCAGUGAACUUCUCAAGGCGAAAGGAGUGGUGCGAACUGGCUCGGAUUCAGGCUUCGAGCUAUCGAGCGAUUGCUAUUGUGCUGAUAACGAUGUAAAUAUUCAUUUGAAUAAAAGCAUCGAAGAUAUGACAAUGUCACUGAGCAGUGCAGCACGAAUGAAUAGUUACACAUUAGCGACAAAACGGAACAAUACGUCAGAAAAAUCAGUAACGUCGAGAAAAUCUUUGACUAAUUUAUCAUCAUUACGAUCGAAUACUAAAAAAUCAACCCGAGGGAAUUUAAUUUGA